AUGACAAGUGAACGGGUGGAGCUGCAAGUAACCCGGCUACAGUUAGAAGAAGCGAUAGCGCAGUGUGAACGCCAGGCUGAGAAGCUUGCGAAGCUAGAAGCCGAAGCUGGAGGCGGCGAAGGCUUGGAAAGCGAACAUAUGCGGGAAUUCAAUGAUUUGUGCAGUAGAAUUCGCGACAUUGAGGUCCGUCAGUCUCGUCUGUGCUGCGACUCUGACGCAGAUUCACAAAAAAUCGAGAAAAGGAAGUUUGAACGUGAGAGAAAUGAAGCAAAUGCAAAAAAAGAAGCUAAUGGAGAAACCGAAACACGACUCAACAAUUUGUUUGAAAUGGAGCAAAAAAGAGUCACUGACCUUGAAAAGGAACGUAGUGGAUUGUUACGCGAAAUUGAGCAUCUGAAGUUGGCAAAUGCAGAACUGAGUAGUGAACUGGAUGCUUUUAAGCAGCACGGCAAUGAUAAAAGAAACGGAUCGCCCGAUGUCAAAAGAAAGGUAAGCGAAUUAAUGGCCGAGAAUGCCCGUUUGGCGGGUGAACUGUUAAGGGAACAGAGUGGACUGAGCGAAAGGGACAGCGAUCAAAAGCAGGAAGUUAAAAAGCUUUUGGAGGAACGCGAAGCAGUUUGGAAAAGCAGGGAGCAGUCGUUACGACAGGAACAGGAUCAGGCUCUAAUGAAGCAGAAGCAAGAAUUCGAACAUCGCUUAAAACAGCACGAUGAAAAAUGGAUGGUGAAAUCUCGCGAGCAGUUCAGUGAUCUAGAAGAAACUGUAAGCAGACUGACUAUCGAAAAUAAGAAGCUGACUGGCGAAAAUGAUAAAUUGGGCGCUGUAGUAAAGGAAAUGCAAGGAAUAAGGGAACGUGAUGAAAGGAUUCAAGUGGAAAUGCUGGGGGCGCAGAAGAAGCUUCAAAAAAUAGAGGAAAGCAACAGGCAGCUGUCGGAGAAGCUGAAAGAGACUGAAGAAAAGCUAAACGAAUCGGAAGCAAAUUUAUUAAGGUUUAAGAUUUCUGAACUAGAAACCCAUUUAUCGUAUCAUUCACGUGCUUUCGGGGAUGAAAACUACACGCUGAGUGGUUAAAU